AAAAUUUUAAAAAAAAAAGAAAAGAAAAAAAAACAUUAAAAUUCCAUUGAAGGAUUGAAGAUGGUGUGUGCCUUUCCGCGUCAAUCAGGCACAACCAACCAAUAAUUUAUAUUCUCUCUCUUUCUUUACACCAUUCUCACCACCAUCCUCCUCUCCGCCAUAGCCAUCUCUGCUGGAUCUCCAGGUACGGUCUCACCUGAUUUCCUUUCUCUUUCAUAGAUCCCAUCCACCGACACUCUUUCUUUUUCCUUCAAUUUGAAUUGAAUCCGAAUAAGUAGAAGUGUAGAAAGCCAUGAAUUCGAAUUAUGGAAAGAACUUCGAUUUCGAUCUGGGGUUGGGAUCUUCGAGACCCAAAUCCCUCAACGACAAGAAGAACAUUAACAACCCUUCGUAUUCUUCUUCUUCUUCUUCUUCUUAUUCGUCGUAUUCUUCUGCGCAAUCGAAACCGGCAUGGCAACCCAACAAGCCCUCGUGGACCCACCAGCCGUCAGCGAGUCAGGUGACCAGACCUGGAUUGCCAAACGGACCCACUUCCAUGGUGGGUGAUAUACUUGGCAAGAGUUGGACUUCAUCCACUCCUUCUACUGGUUCGUCUGUGGCGGGAAUUGGAAUUGUCGAUAAAAACCCUAAUUUGUUUGGGGAUUUGGUCGGUUCAGCUUUGGGGCAGGGCAAGAGUAGUAAUGGUACCAAUGUUCCUUUGAAGAAAUCGGCGACUGUAUCUAGCAAGAGCUCAUUAUCAAUGGGAAAUAUGGCUGAUUCGCUUCCGAAAACUAACCCUAAUUCGGUGAAAACUGGUUUGAAUUGGGGACCUUCAGGGAAUAUUAGCAGCAAUACCAAUGUUUACAACAAUCGGACUCCGAAUGUCGGCGGUCCUCCGUUGCAAAAUAUCGGUGGUGGAGGCGUUGGUGUUGGUGGCGGGAUGAGCUCAAACUCAAAGGACCCAUUUGGUUCUUUGCUUAAAUUUGCUCCAAGGCCAUCUGGUGAUCUUAAUUCGAAGAAGGACAAUACUAAGGUUAAUACUAGUGAUAAUAUUUUUGGGAAUUUCCAGAAUGCUACGAAAUCAGAAUCGAAUCCAAGUACCAACAACACAUUUCAGCCUGGUUUGAAUAUGGAUGAUUUUGUGAAGCUCCCAACUCAGAAUUCAACGCAAUCACCUGUUAGUGAUCCUCUUGACGUGUUAUUUCCCACGACCAAGGUAAAUUCAACUGAAGGCUUUGGCCAAUCUACUUCAAAUGGAUCCCAGCAAGCUUCGGAGAUGGAUAGUUGGGGAUUCGAACCCAAUUUCGGAGAUGAUGGAGGUUCCACCACCGAACUUGAUGGGCUUCCGCCUCCUCCUGCUGGCGUAAACUCAUCAAUGGCGAAGAACAAAGGAAUGGAUAACUACAAGCAAGGACAGUAUGCUGAUGCCAUUAAGUGGCUUUCUUGGGCAAUCAUUCUUCUUGAAAAAGCAGGUGAUAAUGCUACCGCAUGGGAGGUCUUAUCCAGCAGAGCUUCAUGUUACAAAGAAGUAGGGGAGUAUAAGAAAGCUGUGGCAGACUGUACAAAGGUGCUGGAACAAGAUGGUGCAAAUGUAUCUGUUCUUGUACAGCGUGCACUCUUAUAUGAAAGCAUGGAAAAAUACAGACUUGGGGCAGAAGAUCUGAGGGCUGUUCUCAAGAUUGAUCCUAGUAACAGGGUUGCAAGAAGCACCGUUCACCGCUUGACCAAGUUAGCAGACUAGAGUUUUUUUUUUCAUUAUUCUUUUCAAACUUCAUUUCAUUAUGUUUAGUGUUAUUACUCUCUCGAAUUUAUACCCUCUCCCCUAUUACUACCCAAAAAAAAUUAUGGGGAAAAUAUAAUUUCUUGGUUGAAUACCUGGACAAAUUUUCUAUUCUUUUUGCUACCAUUUGGUCUUAUGGAUAUUUUUUUUACUUGUAUAAUGUUGUACUUUGGUUCUUUGUUUGAUUGUGAGUGGAAAUAGUUUGUACUUACAAAAAUGGUUAGCUUUUUUUUAUCUACUUCAGUUUUGUCUGUGUGAUUAUCCGGUUUUAUUUGUUACUUUCUUCCUACCACAAGUAUGGGGACAAAUUCGUCUCGUAUAAGAAGGUUCCCAUUUGAGAGUA